GAGGAGCUGCCGAGCUGAGCAAAGUCACUUCCGGGUACGGUUGGCAGUGAGCUGAUUUCGUGUAUUGACACUGCGCUGCUUCUUCCAGCCACCACACCCUGAACAAUGGCCGGGAAACGAGCUGCACUGAAGGCUGUGGACUGGGUGGCCUUUGCAGAGAGGGUGCCACCGAGCCAGAGGACCAUGUUCAACAACCUGAAGACCAGAAGUGAUGCUGUUUCUGCAAAACUUGCCUCUCUGCCUGAGAAACCUGCUGCCAUCGACUGGAGCUACUACAGGUCUGCUGUGGCUAAAGCAGGGAUGGUAGAUGAGUUUGAAAUGAAGUUCAGUGCCCUGAAGGUUCCUGAGCCCGUUGACACUCAGACUGCACUUAUUGAUGCUCAGGAAGCAGAAGCGAACAAAACAGCUGCUGCCUACAUUGAAGCUUCCAAGGCUCGUAUCGGCCAGUAUGAAAAACAGCUGGACAAAUUCAAAAACAUGAUUCCCUUCGACCAGAUGACCAUCGAGGACCUGAAUGAAACUUUCCCAGAAACAAAACUCGACAAAGAGAAGCAUCCUUAUUGGCCUCACAAGCCCAUCGCUGAACUGUGAAUAUCAUCUAUGCUGCGUCUCCCACCAAGGAAACCAUGUAUAGCAUGUGUAUAAUAUUCAGGAGUGUCUAAACAUUAUCCUGUAGGGGAACAAAAAACAUGUUUAUUUCUAUUUGAUGUCUCAGUAAAUUCUGAUUGUGAA